GCAGCCGCUGGCCUCCUCAAGACGGCCGCCGCUCACGCUACCGUUUUCAACAUCCUCGUCAACGACGUUGACCAAGGACUCGGGAACAGUGCCUCUGGCUACAUCCGGUCGCCUCCCAACAACAGCCCCAUCGUGGACGUCACGUCCAAGGACAUGACCUGCAAUGUGAACGGUGGCAAAGCCGCGGCCAAGUUCGUCGAGGUAUCCGGUGGGGACAAGAUCACCUUCGAGUGGCACCACGACAGCAACAGUGCCUCGGACGACAUCAUCGCUUCCUCCCACAGAGGCCCUGUCAUGACCUACAUUGCUCCUGCUGCCUCCAACGGCGAGGGCAAUGUCUGGCUGAAGCUCGCCGAAGAGGGCUUCGCCAAUGGCAAGUGGGCCGUCGACAAUCUGAUUGCCAACCGCGGAAAGCACAGCAUUGUCCUGCCUAACCUUGCCCCUGGCGAGUACCUCCUUCGCCCUGAGAUCAUUGCUCUCCAUGAGGGUUUCCGCAGUGGGGGAGCGCAGUUUUACAUGGAGUGCGUUCAGAUCAAGGUCACGUCGUCCGGCUCCGUCACCCUCCCCGCUGGUGUGGCCAUUCCCGGUGCUUAUAAGGCCACCGACCCUGGUGUACUUUUCGACCUUUACGGCAGCUUCUCGUCCUACCCCAUCCCCGGCCCCAAGGUCUGGGACGGCGCCAGCAGUGCUGCUCCGGCUCCUGCUCCUGCUCAGUCUUCCGCCGCCCCUCGUCCCACCACUACCGCUCCCGCCAACCCUCCCCGUACCACCCUCAUCACGUCCACUCGCUCUACAGUUACCCCCACCCCGGCUCCCGGCAACGGAGGCAAUGUUGCCGUCACUGCGGCGGAGUGGCAGCAGUGCGGAGGCAUCAAUUUCACCGGUGCCACCAAGUGCGCGGAUGGCCUGGUUUGCAGGCAGUGGAACCCCUACUACUUCCAGUGCGUUGCG